UAUUUGCUGAUAUUGAAGAAAUUUCAGUUACCCUCUUUACCCUUAAGGGACAAUGGCUGGGCCAUUAGGAAGUAUAGUGAUAUGGAUUUUAUUCCUGGGAACGGCAAACAUCUGGAACUUAGCAAACGGCCAGCAAGCAAAUGGAACUAAUAUCUGUGACUACGAGGAAACAAGGGAAACCGAUGUGAGAGACUUAUGUCGAAAUUACGUCGAUUUAGUCUUAAGUGACCAAUCAAUGGAACUAGAUAUGGGCAGGAGUUUCGGGAAUGAACUAAGGAGCAAGAUGAAACAAAUCGUCACAGGCGUCGAUCCAAAGUACCGUGACAUGAUGUGCAUCUAUAAACGGAAAGAGUAUGUAAAGGUGAAAAAGUGUUGUAAAGGUUGGAUCCCUGAAAACAAAUGUGACAUUCCUACUUGUCAAUUUCCUUGUGAAAACGAAGGGAAAUGCACGGAUGUUGAUACAUGUACUUGCACCGAAGGUUGGAGUGGAUACUUGUGUCAAGACGAGAAGCUGAAACCUGGUACUAACGAGAUGUACUGCUUCGAGAACAGAGAAUGCUACGGGGAAAAGGCUGCCGGAUAUGACAAUGCACUUGUAACUGCAGAUGAUUGCUGUAAUAGUGGAAAAGCUAAAAGUUGGGGGGAGUACGGCUCACCAAUGUGUAAUAACUGUGACGAAAUUGCCGACGACAGCAAUCCACUGAUCAACCAGAACACUACACUCAAUUACAGAACCUGUCUUGCCUUUGGAAAAAGUUAUUUCAGAACAUUCGAUGGCUUGGAGUAUCUGUUCGAGGGAGAAUGCAAAUAUGUCUUAGCACAAGGACAAGACUGGUCAAUUAUAAUCGAACCAUUUGAAUGCACCAGUGCUUGUGAUUGUUACAAGAAAAUAACAGUACUUUACCAUGGUCAGCAACUUGUUAUCUUCCAAGGAAAACUAACAAUUAAUGAAGCAGAAGAGAUCCCCACAGAUGUUGCACAGAUCAAAAAUGGAAUAACAUUUCUGCAAAGGUUUAAUCUGUGGAUAAUGAUUAAAACGCAAGAGUUCCGAAUGAAGGUUGACGAUAAAUCGACAGUGUAUGUGACAGUCGAUAAGGAUAUCGCUAGUAAUGAAGAAAUACAAGGUCUUUGCGGACUUAACAAUGGCGAUGCAUCAGACGAUUUCCAGAUGAGAUCUGGACAGGCUACCUCAAAUCCAACAACAUUCGGAAAUUCCUGGAAUAUUGAUGAAAACUUUUGCCCCUCUGCUAGUGCUAUCCAGCCCUGCAAGGAUGAAGUUGAGCAAGCAAACGCAGCUGCAGCAUGUGGUAUUUUGCGUAUGAAUACAUUCAGAGAUUGCAGAAACUAUGUUGCAUUUACCACAUGGUACCAGCUGUGUGUUCACGAAUACUGUAAGGUUGCAGCCGAGGAUAAAGAAAAAGUUCGGUGUAAGGUGGUUGGCGCUUACGCUCAUGAAUGUGCUCAACACAACAUCAUUGUUAGUUGGAGAAAUUCAGAACUAUGUGCACCGGAGUGCCCCGAAGGUCUUGUGUACAACGAAUGCAUUUCUCCUUGUCAAAGAAGCUGUUCAAAUCUAUUUGCUGAACUCUCAGAUGAAUGUCAAAGUAAAACUGAAUGUGUUGCCGGUUGUACGUGCCCACCUGGACUCAUUUGGCAAAAGAACGAAUGUGUUGUAUUGGAAGAUUGUAAAUGUUCUUACCAAGACAAGUUUUAUGAACCAUACGAUACCAUUAGGAGCGAUUGUAAUGAAUGCACUUGCGUGAAAGGACAAUGGGAUUGUACUGACGAGAAGUGCUCGCGUACUGCAAGCUUAGUUGGCCUGCGCCAUAUCACAACAUUUGAUGGUAAACAAUACAGUUUCACACCUUGUUCCUGCACAUACACGAUGACAAAGGUCAUGGAUCCUAAGAUUGAGGACAGAAGGGGGAAACUACACAUCGAGAUUGCUUUCACCGAUUGUAGUGUCGCACAAAGCACCCUUGGUCUUAAGUGCUUCCAUUACCUGAAGAUGCACUACAAAUCACGAUCCGUAGAAAUGCGUCGCAACGAAAUUUUUGUCGAUUCUACACCCAUAGACACAAAUUCAAAUAAAUACCAUCUGUACAAUUCGCCUGAGUUUUACAUCAAGAAAGUCACCUCCAAAUUCGUGAUGGUGAAAGGAUUUGGGUUUCAGAUUUUAUUUGAUUUCAACCAGGCUGUUUAUGUCAUAUUGGAUCGUGUUUUUGUGGAUCAGGUAAAAGGACUUUUUGGAACAUACAAUGAUGACCUGAACGACGACUUAAUGAUGGAUGAAGGCAUGGAAACAACUAAAGUUCCCACCUUUACAAGUUCAUACCGUUCUCAAUGUUCUGAAGAUUGCAAUAAUGAUGAUUCAGAAUAUCAGUGUUCACCGGCAAGUAUAUAA